AUGGAAGAAGCCGCCGCCGCCUCCUUGCUUCAAGUUCUAUUUCAAAAGCUCAUCGAGUAUUCCAGGGAUCAGGUCUCACUUGUUCGAGGUUUCAGAAAUGAAGCAGAGCAGUUAACUCGGACUCUGGGGAUGAUCCAGGCAUUCUUGAGAGAUGCAGAUAUGAGUUCCAUCUCCGGUGGUGCUGUCAUGAAGUGGCUCACGGAUCUCGGAGACGUGGGGUUCGAUGCUGACAACGUUUUGGAUGAAAUCAUAUAUCAUCAACUCUCCAAACAAAGCAAGGCGGAUAAGAUGGCCAACAAACCCAUGAAACAAAAGGUAUUAUCAUACUUCUCAUGCUGCCUUCAUAUUUCACGUGAUCGAAGUAUGGCUCUUAGAAUCCAACAAAUCAAUCGGAAUUUGGGAUCCAUUAACACCCUGGCGACCGGGCUUGGCCUCACCAUGAGACCUACUGCUGUGCCCGCUUUGGUUUAUAGUGCUCGUGAAACUGACUCAUUCAGUGUUGAUCCAAUUUUUAUUGGAAGAGAUGAGAUUAAGUCAGAAAUAGUUGAACAGCUUACCGCUUGUAGCACAACUGAUGAACGUAUUUCUAUCCUUACCAUUGUGGGAAUGGAAGGAUCGGGGAAGACAACUUUGACUAGGGAAGUCUUCAAUUCUCUAAAAGAUGAGAAUCGGUUUGGAUCACAUAUUUGGGUGCAUGUUUCUCAAAAUUUUGAUCCACUCAUUCUUUUCAACAAAAUCCUCAAAGGAUUGACUUCUCCUAGUCAAGUCGAAAUUGGGGAUAAGGAAGAAAGAGAUGUUUAUGGAAAUGUGGAAAGUUGUGUGAUGCAUGAUCUUCUGCAUGAUCUUGCAGCUUCUGUUUUAAGAGGUUCUUUUAAGAAAGAUGAAAGGUUACAAAAAUUGGAAAGAGUUCGAUACAUGUUUUUCGAAAAUGAUUCAAGUGCUGUUCUAGAAACAAAUGAAAAAUAUUUGCGCACAUUACUGUCCAUGUAUCACAUGAAUAUUAACAUGUUCUCAAACUUUGAAUCUCUUCAUGUUUUAACUUUUGAAAAUUGGUUUGGUGAAGAGUUGUCAAGUGAAAUCAAGAAGUUGAUACAUUUGAGAGUUCUUGAUAUUGACAAAUCAUCUAUAGAAUAUCUUCCUGAUUGGAUUGGUGAACUCUUUCACUUGCAGACACUGAGAGCUUGUAAUCGUAAGUUAAAGCAACUUCCAAGUACUUUGAAGAACUUGAGAAACUUAAGGCAUCUUUAUAUUGAGAAAGAUGUAGAGUUGUUUGCCGAGAUUGGUCUGUUAACUUUUCUCAGGACCCUAAAGUUUUUUAGGGUGGGCGACAAGAAUGGCUACAAAAUUGAAGAGCUCAGAAGUUGUAACAAGGAAGAGGCUGAGAAAGCAAAACUAUCUAACAAGCCAAAAUUAGUGAAGUUGUAUUUGGGAUGGGAUAUUGAUAAAGAAGGUGAAACUACAAAUGAUGAGAAUGUGUUGGAAGGCCUCCAACCUCCCUCACGUCUGGAGAAGUUGGCGAUUAAAGGAUUUGGAGGCAAAAGAUUUCCAUCAUGGACUCGAAAUAUGGAAGUUGAUAAUGGACGUCAAGGUUCUAGGCUACCACUUAACAAGUUGGUUAAGAUAACAGUCUCCGACUGCUCAGAAUGUGAAGAAAUCCCAAUGUUUGGGCAGUUGCCAAAUCUCAAGCGUCUUCGGUUGUACAGAUUGAGGAAUGUGAAGUCCAUAAAUUCUUCAUUCUAUGGAUCAGUGAAUGAUGAUACGCAUACUGUUUUCCCAGCGCUAGAAGUGCUGGUGUUGGAUGACUUGCCUAAGCUCACAGUCUUGAAGGGAAUAGAAUCAGGGGAUGCAAGUGCUGUCAGUGUAUUUCCUCGCCUUCAAUGCUUGUCGAUCUAUGAUUGCGGUGUGUUGACGAGUUUUCCUACCCAUUUCUGGUCGUCCCUCAAAGAUUUGAAUUUUCGUCGUAUUGGCAGCUAUAAGCCUUUGGCAGACAUAUUUCAAACGAAAUUAACGUUGCUAACAGGGCUUUGGAUAGUUGGAGUAGAUGAUGUAGAAAGUCUCCCAGAUUGGCUAUUCUAUAGUAAUCCCAAUCUCUCUUAUUUGACUAUAUUUCAGUGUUCCAAUUUGAGAGAAAUACCUUAUGGUCUAGGCACCCUCAAUUCUUUGAAAGAGUUGUGCAUAGAGGAUUGCCCAAAUCUGAAACGGAUUGGAGAUCUUGGCGUACAACAAUCACAAGAAAGUCUCACAUCCCUUACAAAGUUGGAGAUCAGUAGGUGCGAGGCUUUGCUGUAUUUGCCAUGUGAAAUGAUAGGUUCCUCACUCAAGCUUUUGCGGUUGGAGGAUUUAAGUAGCCUAGAGAAUCUACCCGAAAUAAUUGCCCUUCUCCCAAAACCCCCCCGUCUAUCAUAUCUGAGAAUCACUGGUGGUCCUCAAUUCAGGACCACUUGUUUUGUUGGGAUUCCGCCUCCUUUUUGUAGCUUGGUAUGGUUAAAAAUAGAUGCUAGUGUGGGGGGAUUAAUGGACACUGUUAAUGGCAUAUUGCAAGGAUGCAGCUCGCUUAUUGGCUUAGAAUUGAAGGGGAUGGAAAGUUGGGAAAAUCUACCGGAAUCGAUUAAGUAUCUCACUACUCUUUCUCUUUUAAGUUUGGAGAAUUUUGGAAUGGAAGAGUUACCUGAAUGGUUGGGGAACCUCUCAUCUCUAAGACAGAGUUGUAUAUACAAAAUUGUAAGAAGUUAA